AUGUGGUAUUUCGAAGUGAUUCUUGAUGUUAUUCCCAUGUUGGAAUGGUUUGAUGAGUUGAACAUGUCAUGGUUUUCCUUAAAUGGUUUCACUUUGUUAUUGUCUAGUGAAUGUCUUGACUUGAAGCUCGUCACUAUUCUGCCGAGAUUAGUCUUGAUAUUUACUGCGUUACCGAUUGUGGCAUACUCAUACUACCCUUCUGCACAUUUUUAUGCAGAUCUAGAGACUAGGUGGGUAGGGUCUAAGGUGCCGGAAGCGGACGGGGUUAAACUGUGGCACUCAGGAGGUAAGAGGGGUAGGAGCGGAGUGGGCAUCUUCGUGGACAAGGAUCUCAGGGAGCUAGUAGUAGAGGUUAGACAAGUGAAUGAUAGGCUGAUGGCUAUUAAAUUAAUGGUUGGAGGGUGUACUUUGAAUGUUAUUAGCACUUACGCACCCCAAGUGGGUCUGGAUGAGGUUGUGCAUGGUAUUCCGCCCACUGAAAGGAUAUUCAUAAGAGGGAAUUUUAAUGGUCAUAUUGGGAGGUCUUCUGGGGGCUAUUAUGAGGUGCAUGACGGCUUUGGCUUUGAGGUCAGAAAUAGAGGAGGUACGUCGUUGUUGGAUUUCGCUAAGGGGUUUGAUUUGGUAAUAGCAAACUCGAGUUUUCACAAGAAGGGGGAGCACUUGGUUACCUUCAAGAGCACAAUGGCCAAGACGCAAAUCGACUAUCUUUUUCUCCGGAGGUGUGAUAAAGAUCUGUGUACUGAUUGUAAGGUUAUUCCGAGUGAGAACCUCACGAUCCAGCAUAGGCUUUUGGUGAUGGACUUAGACAUCAUGCUGAAGAAGAAGAAGAAGAAGACAGUUGGGCGUGGUUGA